AUGACACUAUGUCCUGAGACACAACCCCUCAGGUUAGGAACAGCGGGGUUAAAAUGUGAAAUUAAAUUAUUCAUGAAGCCAACGAUAAUUCCGAGAACCUGCGCAAUAAAAUACUUAGAAUUAUCACGUAGCAUCUACCAUAAAUUGAAAAAUCAUAAUAAAUGCAUUUAUAUAAUAAACACGUUAGAUGAUGUAGCUGUCACCUGCGAUCAAUGGGAUAACGCUAAGAAUAUACAACUAAGGGGCGUAGGUAUAAUAACAUUAAGUGAACAAUGCAGGGCGCAUACACCACAAGUAGUCUUAACACCUAACAGGCACUUGAAGUUCGUUCAGUAUAGCGAUUUCAUUCCACCAGUAAACAUACCCACUAGUGUAAAAAUUCCGUUACUACCCAGCGCUAAACUCGACAGUUUACUUAUACACCAAAAUCCAGUAGUCAAGCUAAACGAUAUUAGUGACUUUUCCAAACCUCGAGGAGUUGGAAAGCGAAGUCCAGGAGGAAAAAGAUAA